AAUGGCAGGAAGAAUCUGGACCUCCCUUCUGGGGAGAAAAACACAGAAAUGCUAGAAAAAACCAUUGCAACAAAUGACAUUCAAAUGGGAACUGGGAGAUAUGGAGAAUGAGGAAUGAAGAAAGAAAACGUCUCUUACAUUGUUCUCUUUAGGUCCACAGCCUUUUAUGGUGGUCUCGCAUUUCAUGAACCUACAAAGGUAUGAAAAAUGACCCAGAAGAUCAGUAACUUUUAAUUCUCAGCAAAGGCCUGGGACUUUAAAAUAUUUUAUUAUUUAUUAUUAUUAUUAUUUUAUUUUUUACAUUUAUAUCCCGCUCUUCUUCCAAGAGCCCAGAGCAAUAUACUCCAUACUUAAGUUUCUCCUCACAACAACCCUGUGAAGUAGGUUAGGCUGAGAGAGAAGUGACUGGCCCAGAGUCACCCAGCAAGUCUCAUGGCUGAAUGGGGAUUUGAACUCGGGUCUCCCCAGUCCUAGUCCAGCACUCUAACCACUACACCACACUGGCUGUUCUCUGUGAAUAUGCUGUUCUCCACCCCUGCAAGCUUAACCAGGAAGGUUCUGAGGAGGGAGUAGACUAGGUCAGGGUUCUCAGCCACAAAGGACAUGUCUGAGAAUGAUGGGAGUUGUACUCCAACAACAUCUGGGGGCCCAAGGUUAAGAAACCCUGGACUAGGAGGAUCCCAGCCACACCAAACUAUUCCCAGUGGCAGUUAGAAAUGGCCUGCAAUGCCAUCUCCAUGAAGGUUCUCCUGCAGUGAAGUGCCUCAAAAAGAAGGAACAAUGGCAGUUGGCCCAUUUUCAUAGUUGUCUUCCAACUCAGGGCUCCGCACCCCUGUAAAUCCAAGUCAUACUGCAAAGAAAGAUACUUACAUCGUACAGCACAUUUAAAUUAUAAAAGGCUACAAUUUGGAGAUGAGUUGUAGCUUUGAUGGCCUCAGCUUUUUCCUGUACUACUCUGGACAGAAUCCAUCCUUUGAAGUGCUGUGAAAAGAAGUGGCACCUCAGAAACAUUUUAUUGGGUACAGAAAGGACACAAUGCUCCUGCCAUGCUACCUGUGCCUAUGAAUGAUUUUGUGUCCAAACCACUGCAAAUAGGCUCUGCUUUCCAGGAAGGGAGCAGUUCUAAAAACAUCCUCUGGCCAGAAUUUGAGGGCCAUUCAUUGAAACAUUAACCAAUACCAAGUGGUUAAGUUUGCCUGGAUGGUGCCACUUCCAGCUGCAGGCAUGAAUUCCCCACUUUUUUUGGCAGGGGGAGUCCUUCUAGGUAACAAUGGGGAGAAGAUAAGGUCAAAUUCAUAUUCCUAAUAUCAUAGUUUCUAUGCCCAGUUAUAAUUCUAUUAUUUUUCUCUCCUCCUCCACUUCCUCCUCUUCCUCCUCCCACUACUACCUACUACUGCUGCUGCUAAUCGGGGGGACAUCUUAAAUUCCUUUCAAGAAUUUCAGUGUCCUUGCUGCACUGUUCACCAUUACAGCAGCAUUCAUCAGAAGAGACAAACACAGCACAGGUGGCCCUUGUUAUCAGCGAGGGUUCCAUUCUUGCCCACAACUGUGGAUAACGAGCCAUCCUUCCAGCUUUUAAAUCAAGAUAAGAAAUUGAUAUCUAACAAGGACACAGAGAGGAGGAAACAAAAGGAAAUUGAUUAUUGACUCAAUUCAUCCUCAGACAGGGUCACAACCUACCUGCCGGUGGCCAGAAACUUGAUAAAAGAGAAGAUACUGAGAAGCAUUUCUCUCUGUCCCUGGAAGUAGCAAAGCUGAGAGAGCUUCCCUAACUGAGAAAGCUGUUGAAUGAUUUUGGCAAACCAUAGAUUUUUGGUGAAUGCAAUUUAUUUAUGUGAUUUAAACUGCACCAAGAGAACAAUGAAGAAUAGUUCGAAAAGCUACACAGUAAAUACAGUAUCCAAACCUGAGCUUCCAAGCAAUGGCCAUGACAACCCGGCUUUCCAACCGGAUGAAACAGCUGCACAAAAUGGCCAUUUAAAGAAGAACAAGAAAAAAAAGAAAAAUGAGAAGUCAGAGAAGCCAAAUAAAAAGAUGGUUGGGGUUUUUGAGCUGUUUCGUUUUGCAGACAAGCUGGAUAUCGCUUUAUUAAUAGUGGGCUUUCUUACUGCUGCUGCAACUGGAACUGCAAAUCCACUUGUUAUCAUUAUCUUUGGCCAGAUGACAAACACCUUUGUGGUGACCAGCUUUAAUUCAUCUACAGGCAUGCUUAUUAUUAUGUUGCUAUUGGCUGUGGCGUAUUGGUCUGUAGUUGGAUUCAAGUCUGGGCCUUUCUGGCGACUGCUACAAGACAAACUGCAAGGAUCCGCGAGAAGUUCUUUUUUGCUGUCCUGCACUAAGGAGAUGGCCUGGUUUGAUACUACCCAGAUCGGAACAUUGAACACUAGAUUGACAGACGAUACCAUUCAAGAAGGCAUUGGAGAUAUGAUCAGUAUACUAGUCCAGUAUCUGUCCACAUUUGUGACCGGGAUUAUCAUAGGAUUUUCAUAUGGAUGGAAGCUGACCCUAGUGGUUUUGUCUGUUACCCCGAUUCUUGCUAUAUCUCGGGGGGUGUGGUCAUCUAUUCUGUCAUCUUUGACUACUAAAGAACUCAAGGCUUACGCUAAAGCCGGUGCUGUGGCAGAAGAAAUCUUGUGCGCCAUUAGGACUGUUGUUGCUUUCAAUGGACAGAAGAAAGCUCUAGCAAAAUCUGAUGAAAACCUAGAAGCAGCUAAGAUUGUUGGGAUGAAAAAGACUAUUACCACCAAUGCUUCUAUGGGUGUCUCACAAUUUUUUAUAUAUGGAUGCUAUGCACUUGCCUUUUGGUAUGGAACCAAACUCACUGUGGAUGAGCCCGAUAUCUAUGACAUUGGAACAGUGUUAAUUGUAUUCUUUACUGUGAUCAUUGAUGCUUUCUUCCUUGGGCAGGCUUCUCCAAAUUUAGAGAGCUUAGCCAAUGCUCGUGGUGCAGCCUACGAAAUCUAUUACAUUAUCAAUAAGCCCCGUCCCAUAGACAGCAGUUCUGAUGAAGGGUUCAAGCCAGACAUACUCCAAGGAGAAAUUGAAUUCAAAAGCAUCCAUUUUAGCUACCCCUCUAGACCUGAUACAAAGAUUCUUAAGGGUCUGAACCUAAAAAUCCUUCCUGGGAAGACUAUUGCUCUUGUUGGCUCCAGUGGUUGUGGGAAAAGCACUACAAUUCAGCUGUUUCAGAGAUUCUAUGAUCCACUGGAAGGACAGGUUACCAUCAAUGGCCAUGAUAUACGGACACUAAAUAUCAGAUGGAUGAGAAAAAACAUGGGCAUCGCCAGCCAGGAGCCAGUUUUGUUUGCUACCACAAUAGCUGGCAACAUUCGCUAUGGCAGAGAGGAUAUUAGUGAUGCUGAAAUUGAGCAAGCAGCUAAAGAAGCAAAUGCUUAUGACUUCAUAACCAGACUUCCAGAUAAAUUUAACACCAUGGUUGGGGAAAGAGGAGCCCAGCUGAGUGGAGGGCAGAAACAGCGCAUUGCUAUUGCCCGGGCCCUCGCCAGGAAUCCCAAGAUCCUGCUUCUGGAUGAAGCUACCUCUGCUCUGGAUACUCAGAGUGAAUCCAUAGUGCAAGCAGCACUUGACAAGGCGAUGAAGAACAAAUCUAUUCAGUGAAAUGUCAAACUUUCUGUGAGCAACCAAGAAGACAGAUGCUUCAUAUGUUAAGCACCUUUUUCAAAGCAAUUUAGUAGUGUUAUGGUUGAGAUGAUCAAGAGGGUGAAACAGAGGGUGAAACAUCAGAAGAGGAGACAGAUUUUGAGACUGAAGAUGACACUGAUGAUGAUGAUGAUGAUGAUGAUGAUGAUGAUGAUGAUAUCUCUGAGGGAGAUGACGUAAAUGAUCCAAAGACAAAUGACUUGGAAAAUCCUACUGAUGAAAUAGCAGUGGUCAACACGGAAAGCUUUCAUAGGCGCAGUAUAAGCAGGCGCAGUAUCAGUAGGGCUUCUACCAAAGGAUAUUCUGAAAGGAAGAAGAGGAAGAAAGGAAAGAAAAAGAAGAAAAAAGUGGCAUUCAUUCCAUUGAAACCAGCCUUCCACCAGACACAGGUGGAUUGGUGACUGUCCUGAAUCGGUGCUUGGAUGCAGUAAUGGACUGGAUGAGGGAGGACCCUGAAGAUGUACCUAUUUCCCCCAGGCUUUUAACUGAAAUCUAAUUUUAAAAUUUUAACGUGUUUUUAUCUAUUGUGAUUUUUAUCUAUUUUAUGAAUUUUAAAUGCUUUAUAUUUUAUAUUAUGUUUUAAUCUGUACACCACCUAGGUAUUUCUAUAUUAGGCAGUCCAGAAAUUCAGUCAAUCAAUCAGUCAAACUUGGACCAAGUUACUUGAAAGAGCGCCUUGCCCCAUAUUUCCCUACAUGCACCUUAAGAUCUUCUUCCAAGGCUCUCCUCCGGGUGCCCCUGCCAAAUAAGGUGAGGCGGAUGGCUACCAGGGAGAGGGCCUUUUUGGAGGUUACACCCCAUUUAUGGAAUAGCCUCCCCGGUGAGAUUCACCUGGCUUAAUUACUUUGUUCUUUUAGAUGCCAGCUAAAGACCUUUUGGUUCACCCAGGCCUUUUACAUUCGGGGUUUUUUAAUUCAGCUUUACAGAUUUUCUCUGAUUUUUAACUAAUUUUAAAAUGAGUUUUUAAUGCUGCUUUGUAUUGUAUUUUGUAUUUUAUUUUCACUUUUUUUGUCUGUUAUGAUUUAAUGAGUUAUGUGUUUUUUACUGUAAAUAUAAAUCCAUUUUUUAUUGUAAAUAGUGUGAGCCGCCCAGAGAACAAUUAGCUAUGGGGCGGCUAACAAAUAAAGUUUUUAUUAUUAUAUUAUAUCAUCAUCACCACCAUUAUAUAUCAUGGUUGUACUGUUGUGCAAACCUGUUUGUGCAAUUUCUGCACUUGCACAACUGUGCAAAUAUUACAUCCCAUCACAUGCAUAACAGCAUGUAGUAUGUCUGCUACAGAGAAGAAAGGGAAGUUCAAAGGAACAUUAUGCCCCACCCCCUGGACCUCUCAGAGUCUUAAAAAGAAUCUGGGCAGAGUUUGCUGGGAUGGCUCACCUUAGGCAGCAGAUUUGGAGGUGUAAUUAAAAGGCAUCAAAAAACCAAUUAUAUAGCAUAUUGUUCUGUUUUCACAAUUGAGGCACUACCAUUUGGAUUUUCUGCCUUUGGCAUCAAGAUCUGCCAUCUCUGGGCAGUGCAGUUGCCACCAUAAUUCCAAACUGGGUAACAACCUGUUGAGUGGCUAGCUGUAUGGAUCUCCUAGUCCGACACUUCUUAACCCAACUGACACUCAUGCUCGAUCUUUUCCCAAAGCUACUCCUGAGGCUUAGGGCACUCUCGGGAAUGGUGUGGGAUGUGGUACAAAGGGUUGCAGCUGGAGGAGAAAGUUGGCAGAAACUGCUUCCCCCCAAGAGACUUCAAGACUGGGGAGCAGAAGGAGUUGCUUCUCAACCCAUGCCCUCAGAGGCUGCUUUCACACGGCUGUCCCCAGGGAGACCCAACCAUCCUCUGUCUGCUGCUCCUCCUCAGCCUCUUUCCUUUCCUUGUAUAGAUAGCCACACACACCAUCCAGCUGCCUUGCAAACUACCCCUUUCACCACCUCCUGGAGCUCUCCAGGAGCUUUCCCACACAGGACUUCCAGCUCUCGGAGUAUCCAAUGAGGGAAUGAAACUCGCAGCAUUAGGGAAGCUCCCCUCCCCUCUCUACUGUGAGUUUUCUUUUGUGUAGAUUCACACACAGCUCACUUCCAUGUUUUCCUUGUGGCCAAUGGCUUCCUAGAGGAGGCCGGACGCCACGCCUCCCUUUCCCCCAAGGCUUUAGUAAUUAAAGCACCCUCUGUGAUCUGGCUUUGUUGAAGUCCACACACACACACUUCUGCUUAAUUGGUUUGUGCAUCAGACUGCCUGUUAGACAUCAGCCUUGGCUUUCUAUCCCCCCCACCCUGGUCACGACCCCAACACACACACACACACACACACACACAUCCCCAGCAUGUGUCAGCCCUCCUGCAGAAUCACCUCUGCUUUUGCAGUCUCAUCCCAGUUUGGAUGGCAUGCAAGGAAAUGCUUGUUUCUGCAAAAGACUGCAAAUCCUCCUCCCAGAGGAGACUAGGGUUAAAGUCCUUGUGUGAGAAAGCUCCUGGACAGCAGGCUUUACUGCAGGUUUACUGCAAGGCUUUACAGCUAAUUCAAAGUUGUCCCAAAAACAAAGUUGUCCCAAUAAAUUGUUGGAGCUAGGACCCUGGCAGCAUCAGCUCUCCACUGCAAUGUCUCAUAGUGACCACUAGGGGGGUUAGGGUCAUGGAUAAAAGUGCUGGACUCCUCCUCUCUUUGUUCUUCCAGUGUUGGUCUCCAUUUCAUCUCUCCAAAGAUGGCUGUUUGUUUUUGGUCUCCCUUUUCAGCCAUGAGCUACAGCUGAAAUUAAACUGCAGGCUUUUUCACAUUCAUUUGUAACCUUUUCUUUAAAUAAAUCCUUGUAGUUCUUCAAACCUAA